CUGUAGGUCUUUCUUAUCUGGAUUGAAAUUCUCUGGAUAAUCCACAUGGAUGUAACGAUUCUCCCAAUCCAUCUCGUUAUCGAAAAUCUGAUACAUCUCCGGCUCCGUCCUGGUAGUGUCGAAAUUGUCAGCGUUGAUCAGAUGGCCGAAAUCGAUCCUGUUGGAGACGAACAUGAAGACGUCCAGGUCUCGCAGUCUCGUACAGAAAGUCAUGUCCGCAUCGACGUUGGGUUUGUCGAAACCAAGUUGGGUGCGAUCGUAUUUCCUCAAGAGGGUGGCGUUUACGAGAUAGGCGUUGUUGAUGAAUGGCACGUUCCACAGUCCCCUAGUAAAAUAUUGUUGAAAUGUAAUGGCGAAAUAAACGGUUGACCCCAUUCGUGAGCGCACUUCUCAAAAAUAAAGUCCAUCCGAAAAAAGGUCCCGCCAUCAUUUUUUUCGGGUGGUCUUGGCUCGAUCGGGAUACAAGGGAAUCGGUUCAGAUGUGGAGCAAAAAAUUGCUGUCUGUUUUGUUGAUGUUCGUCAUGGUUGCUUUUGAUGCGUGUCAAAGUGCUAGGGGUGGAGGCAGAGGAAAAGUUGCGAGAGGUCGAGGAAGACUAUACAAUUCGAGAAUGCCCGUUAUCAUACAACAUCGAAAUCCAGCUGCUAAAAAUUAUUACGAAAAUAAAGAUGGAGCCAAAAUAGUUAAAGCCAGCCAUUUUGAACUGGAAUAUAUGCUUGGUAGAAAAAUUACUUUCUUCUGUAUGGCUCAGGGCUUUCCUCGACCUGAAAUAAUCUGGUUCAAAGAUGGAAUAGAACUGAUAUAUCACAAAUUUUUCCAGGUACACGAAUGGCCGAUGGGAAACGAUACUUUGAAAAGCAAGAUGGAAAUCGACCCUACAACUCAGAAAGACGCUGGAUACUACGAAUGUCAGGCCAAUAACAAAUACUCGGUCGAUUCGAGAGGUUUUCGAACCGACUAUGUCAUGAUCACUUAUUGAGAUAAUCAUAUUUUUUAGGACGUGAAUCAAUUUAUUGAAAAUAGGCAUAGGAAUCAUAGAAUUAUUCGUAAACUGAUUCGCAAAAUAAUUGUUAGCAGAUGAAAACUUCCGUUUCAUGUGAGUGUUCAACCGAAAGUUGGCAAGACUUCAAAAUGAAGUGAACGUCAGUUGAUUCAAGUGGUGAUCACUAAAUCUUAAAAAAGAUGCUCAUACUUUCUUGCAACCACUUUGGGACACACCAUAUAGUCUACCCAGCUUUCUAAUGAAAGUUAUUCAGAAGACAAAUUAGUUUUUGUGAACUUCACAUCUGACUGGUUCAAAAUCAUGUUGGUGCAUCU